GCAAUAUAAUUUUUAUAUCAUAUAACUUCACGGUUAUGGUUCAUAAUUGCUGCGGUGUCAGUUUUUUGAAGUAAAUUUUGUAACUUAUAUUACAAAGCGGCAUGUUUAUAGUACACACUGAUCUGUUACUUUCUUCAAAAAUGUCGGUUUCAUAACGGUUGUUUCUACUGUCAAGAAAUCAUGUCUAAAAUAAAAAAUAUUUCGAUUAACUUAACCAAAUGGGAUUUAUCAGAGGACCCGCUGGCACCGUUAACUGAACAACAAAAGGAUUGUUUGUUAAGCUUAGAAGAAGAACUGUCUUUCGAAAAUACGUUUAAAAGUGAUGAGAAAAAAGACACUGCAAGCACAAGUAAAGAAGAUGAAAGGUCAGUACAAAUAGAACAGUAUCAAGACCUCUUAGAACAUUAUUCUUCAUUAGAGAAAGAAUGUAUGGACAGGAAGGACAUAAAAUACAUAUUAUAUCUUAAUGAGCUUGAAGCUCGACGACAUGAAUGUCAUGAACUUUGCCACCAGAUUGAAGAGGCAAUGGAAGACUUUACAACUUUAUUCAAACAAUACUCAGAAGUUUCUGAUAAAACUACUUCUCUUUAUAAUGCUAGCGAACAACUUGAUUCUGACCAGAGAAAAUUAAAUUCUACUAUAGAAAAUAUCACUGAGUAUGUAAAAUAUUUCAAAGAUAUUGAUUUAAUGAUGGAAAAAUUAGAAGCACCAACAUUAUCAGUAAACAGUGAGAUGUUCUUUAAUAUAUUAGAUAAAAUUGAUAUAAAUAUAGAUUUUGUGCAGAGUAAUCCAUCAUUUAAAGAAAGUAAUACAUAUUUAAUUAAAUAUAAACAUUGUCAGUCCAAGGCAAUAUCUAUGAUACAAAAUUAUAUAUUUAGCCUAUUUACUAAAACUACAGAAAGUAUCUUAAAUUUGAGAGAUAACAAUGACUCCCAAGAUAACGCUGAUGCUGCGUUAGCACUUUUCUAUGGAAGAUUCCAAACAAUUUUAUCAAAAGUUAAACCUGUCAUAGAACAAAUAGAAGUAAAAUCAUAUAAACGACAAGAAUAUGAUAGUUUAUUGACAGAGUGUCAUCAAUAUUAUUGGAGCCAAAGAGGAUUAGUUUUAGGUUCCAGUGUACAAAAGUCCUUAUUGUCUGUUAAGGAAAAGUACAAUGGUGACCAUUGUAGUUUGGUACGGAAUUCUUGUGCAUUGUUAUUACAUGCAUCAAUGGAUGAAUACAAAUUAUUUUAUGAAUUUUUUUCUAAGCCAUCUAAUGGAUUAACAGCAUAUCUAGAAAGCUUGUGUACAUCCUUGUACGAUAUGCUAAGACCAUUUAUUAUUCAUAUUAAUCAUUUAGAAACAUUGGCUGAAAUUUGCUGUAUUUUAAGAAUUGAAAUGUUGGAUGAGCAUGUGCAAAACAAUUUCGAGCCUUUAGAAGGAUUUGGAAAUAUCUGCCUACAAUUGUUGCAUGAUGUACAGGAGAGGCUUGUUUUUCGUGCACAUCUUUACUUACAGUCCGAUGUUUUGAAUUAUAAUCCGUCACCAGGUGAUUUAGCAUACCCAGAGAAAUUAAAAAUGAUGGAGGAUAUAGCAGAAUCCAUAAGAGAAGAAACACGACAAACAAAAAUGAAAAAGAUAUCUGUGUCAUCUAUUGAUGAUAAUAUGAUUGAACCUGUUUCUAGAAACCAUAUUGUAAUGGAUUCUAUUUAUCAAAAGACACAUAUGGGAAAUUCACCAGCAGAUCUUCAUGGAAUGUGGUAUCCUACUGUUCGUAGAACAUUAGUUUGUUUAUCAAGAUUAUACAGAUGCGUGGAUAGAUCUGUCUUUCAGUCUCUGAGUCAAGAAGCAAUAUCACUUUGUGUUCAAAGUAUAGAAAAUGCAAGACAAGAAAUUGAGAAACGGGCAUCAACUUUAGAUGCAGAACUUUUCCAAAUAAAACAUUUGUUGAUAUUACGUGAACAAAUUGCACCAUUUCAAGUAGAUUUCACUAUAAAGGAGUACAGUCUGGAUUUUUCUAAAGUUAAAACUGCAGCAUUUGGUUUAUUAGAAAAAAGUUCCAGACUUUUUACGCUUUCAAAUAAUGCAUUGUUAGAGUUUUUAUUAGAAGGUGCACCGCAAAUGAAGGAACAGUUAAUAGACUCCAGAAAACAUGUAGAUAAUAAAUUAAAGUAUACUUGUCAACGCCUUAUACAGCACGCAACAUUUUUAUUGAUACAUCCAAUCUUAAAAUUACUGGAUAAGGAAAAAUUGAUUGUUAAUACUAACAAUUCAGAUAAACCUCAAGGACAUAGUCUUGGAAGUCCACAAGAAGUUGCUGCAAUAAUUAGCGACGUAUUAAGGAUAAUUAAAUUCAAAUGUCCUGAAAUUCAACAGUUAAUGCAGUUAUAUCUGUCCAAUAAGGAAACAGAGUUUAUCCUUUUUAGACCCAUAAAAAAUAAUGUAUGUGCUGCAUUUACACAAUUAUAUCAGAUAUUGGGUAAAUAUUAUAAUGCAGAAGAGCUUCUUCUAAUUGCUUGUCCACUACCAGAACAAAUUUCUGUCAUAUUGAGUUCAUCCAGUCUUGUUCAUGGCAAAAGCACACAAAAUAUAAAAAAGACAUAGCUAACUUGAAUUAUAAAAUGUUUUGUAAUAAUAAUUUACUUUUGUAGGUAUUGUACAUUAAUAGUAUCUAUUAAAUAUAACGAAAUUAUGACUUUUUAAAAAAUAUAAGUCCUUAAAAUAAAUGUUAAUAUAUAAUAAAACUACCAUAUUUUAUGUAAAUUAUAUAGAAUGUAUAUAAGAAUGCAAUUUUUUACAUCGUAAUUUGUAUGUUAAAAUUACAAAAACUAUUGUAAUUUAUGCUUUUUUGUAUUUAAAAAAUAUGCAAUAUUUUAUUUCCUUAUACUUUAAAAACACGUACUUGUUACAUUAUAAAAAUGUAUAUAACUAUAGUAUUAAAUUACCUUAAAUACAAUCAAACUUGUAUUUCUCAUAAAUUGGUAUUUAUUUUUUCAAAACAAUUUUUAAAUGAAAGAAGAAAGCAUAAAAUAAAUAAUCUUGUAACAAUAUUAACAAUUACAUUUUUAUUUACCCCUAAUUUCCUUGAUGAUAUACUACUUCAAAAUAAUACGCUAUAAAAAUAAUAGAUGAUAAUAACUGUAACUUUUCUUCAGAUUAGAUAAACAUAAGGAAUGAGGAAAUAAAUUAGAAUUUGUAAAAUUAA